CCACAGCCGAACCCAAAAAAUAUAAUCUCUCCAGCAGCACCAUCAACGGUCCCUACAUCAAGACAUUGAAAUAAAAGGAGAGACAUAAGAAAAAGACACAAUGGGACCACCGCGCUCAACCAUGCCCAAAAAGUCCUCUCAAGGACAGCACACCCGCGACAAUAAGAAGGAGAAAAAGAAGUCCGCGCAGGCCCCUCGACGACAGGCUAAACCGCAGACGGAAUCUGAGACCAACCAGAUCGAUCUCUCGGCUACUAUUCCGGUCACGCUGCAGCAGUUACUUUUGAAUGUGUUUAGAUCGGCUUUGCUGAAUGAUGUGUAUGGUGGGAAUGCAAAUGUCGGGAAAAAUGAGAGUGGAGAUGUUACCACUACCCCAGAGCCUCGACAGUUGGAUAUCAAGACGCUGAUCCAGACUAUCAAAUCUCAUCUUUACAAUCGGGACUUUGACUCUGCAUUUACCGAUGCAAAUGAGGAUCUACUGAGGGCUUAUGCGUUGCGGUGGAGCGCAUCUAGGGCAUUGGGGUAUGCGGGGGUUUUCAAGUCUUUGUUGAAGGUUCUGAUGCAGCAGGACGGUGGGUUGGUGUCUUCUACUGGGUCGAAUCAUGUUGUUUGUAUUGGAGGUGGUGCGGGCGCCGAGAUCGUUGCUCUGGCGGCUGCUUGGAGGGAUUUAGUGGAUGAGGUUGAGAGGGGGGAGGCUGUUUCUGCUGGUGUUGCUGAUGUUUCCUUGGAUGGGGGUGAUCAUACUGCCGCUGCUGCUGAUCAGGGCUCUGUGCCAAAAUCGAUAAGUCAUCCUGCUCUCUCGGUGACGGCUGUUGAUAUUGCGGACUGGUCGAGCGUUGUUGAUCGAUUGUCUUAUACUAUCCGGUCCCCGGCUGUGAUGGGGUCGAGGUCCCAUCCGGCGCCUUUGUUGAAUCUUGGAAAAGGUGGUGGCGAUGGUGGGAAGGAGGGUGAGGAUGCCUCUGGCUUCGCGGUUAGGUUCAGACGCUCGGAUGUUCUUUCUAUCUCAGAAGAGCAGCUUAAGGAUCUUCUCCAUCUUGAGAAUACAGAUAAGGGCAGUGCUACUGUCAUGGUGACGCUCAUGUUCACGUUGAAUGAACUCUUCUCUACGUCUAUGGCGAAAGCCACUGCUUUCUUGCUCCGCACGACGGACCUCGUACGACCGGGCACUCUGCUUCUUGUGGUGGAUAGCCCGGGAAGCUAUUCUACGCUGAAGCUCGGCAAGGGCAAAGCGCAGGAAGGUGCUGCGUCUGCCACUGUACAGGAACGCCAGUAUCCUAUGAAGUUCCUCUUGGAUCAUACGCUUCUUUCUGUUGCGGAGGGAAAAUGGGAACGGAUCUAUUCGCAGGAUUCACGGUGGUGGAGGAGAGAUGCGGCUAGGCUGGGGUACGAUGUUGGUGAAGGGGCUGGAUUGGAGGAUAUGCGGUAUCAGGGUCAUAUUUAUCGGAGGUUGGCUAAUUAGUGGAGGGGUUGUAUGAAC